AUGGAUGUGAAAAGAUGCACUUGGGCAAAGGAUAUGCAAGGUUGUCAAGCUCGACUUGUUGUUAUGGAAAACGGUUGGAUAUUAAAUGCUCUUCGAUUUGGGGCCUAUGAGUCCCUUGAUCCAAAAAAAGAUACAAGAUCAAACGAAUUGGCUGCAGGCGACAUGAAACAAAAAGGGCUCCAUUGCGACACCCAGUCGCUAGCCCAUCUAGGUAUCCAUGAGGGAGGUGAUCUGAACCAGGCUGCCGGUAGUCUGUUCAUGCUUGGGUUCGUCCAAAUCUGCAUAGGAUCUAUAUUCGGCAACAUGGUCGUUUCGUCUAUUCUGGUCAUUGUAGCUAGAUCGACGGGUUCCCGCCAGAGCGUCAAGCCCUGA